UUAUAUACCUACAUACCAAUACAGCAAUACUUUAAUGUGCUUAAUUUAAUAUAUACUCAGUACUAUUCAUCUUCCAACACUGUUGACUUAAUAUAUAUUUCUCUGUGUAGAUCUAUAGAGAAUAGAUCUUUCAAAAACUUAAGAAAAGAAUUCUUAUUAACUUUAAUUUGUUACACCAACCAUGGCGUUCUCACUAAUUAUCCCUUGUUAUAUGUCAAGAAAUCCCCAUAUUCUUGAUACAUGCAGCAGAUCUCAAACUCCGAUCUUCAAUCCUCUGUCUCAAGCUAAAAAUAUCAGAACCAGCUGCCAGAGAUCUGGUCUACUACUAAGCAACAAAAGACCAAGGGAUUUAGUUGUCCAUGCAACUCCUGAAACUGGAGAUCUGCUUUCAGGUGUUAUUCCUUUUUUGCCAUCUGGUGAAAAUUCUUGGAUGAGUUGGGCUGUGGGAUUAGGUGUAACAGUACCUUUGUUAACAGCAAGAUUAUUAACAGUAACAAAGCAAGUUGCAGUUGCGGCGGAGACGGUGGAGUCGGUGGCGGAUGCGGUGGGAAAAGUUGCGGAUGAAGUGGACAAGGUGGCGGAGGAAUUCGCGGAGAAGCUGCCGGAAGGUGCAAUGCUUAAAGGUAUAGUGAAGUCCAUCGAACAUUUGGCUGAAGAAACUGAAAAGGACGCUCAAUUAGUCGAAGACCUAAUGGACAAGGUUGAAGAAGUGGAUCAAAAGUUGGAAGCAUUUAUCAGCAAUCAAGUUAAAGAGACUGUGAAGGUACCGAAUUCAAAUGAUGGGAAGAAAAAACAAUAGAUCUACAUUUGUCACUUUCCCAACAGUGGGGUUUAUUGUAGUGCUUCUAUGUAUGUCCUUAAAUUUGUCAUAAAAUUUUAUUUAGACAUCUCAAUUAUGACAAAAAAAAAAAUGAUCUAUUGAACAUUUGAAAUCAGUGAAUAUUGUGUCUAUUAAAUACAACUUGUAGUAUAUACCAUCAGUUAAUAAAAAUAGAAGUGACUGUAUUUCAGA